AAAAUAUCGAAUUUUGCAUCUACUUAUUUAGUAAUACUAGCUGAACAAUAUCCAUUCACAAACAAUCCCUCGGGGGCUAAAGAAUGGGACACCAAACACUAUUGUUAAUAUUUUCGUUUCUACUCGUUCUCACAACAACCAAUGGCGCUCCUGACUAUGACUUCAACUUUGAAAGUCUGGAAACCCUCGAUGGUUCGGAGAGUUACUUCGAGUACAACUACACCCUAACCAAGGAGUCCGAGCUGUGCUUCAAGUCCUCCGGCAACGUUCGACAGUUGGUCCAGCUGGGUGACGAGUACACGGUGCUGUUCAAGUUGAGCCGCAGCGAGCUGAAGGCCGAGCCACCGGUGUACGAGCAAAUGAUGGAAUCCCGGAAAUCAUUCUGCAAAUUUUUCAACUCCAUCUACCGGAUGUAUUUCUACGAAGGCCUCAAGGAUGUUAGCAAUUUCCCACACUAUGAAACGUGUCCCCUAGCGCCAGCCGAUUACUGGUUCAAGGAUUACAGCAUCGAGGGCGAUCAGUACAAGGCGUUCAUGAAGGAAGGACGCUUCAAGGUGGAAUUUUAUUUGGGCAAGGAUGACGCACCGGUUGCGGGGAUAGCACUCGUGAUAACGGUUGCACCGAUCGAGUCCGAAAGAUAGUGGGAUCUGAUUUCUGCCAAACGUUAAUAGCUCCAAAUGAUGUAACUUGAUGAAUUCAAAUUAAAGAUAUGAGCUGAAAGGGGUAGCUUUCCUUCGUUUAUCGCAUCGAGACGUA